AUGGGAUUUUGGGACGCAUUUUCAGUAUAUAACAGAAAGAAGCAUGUAGACGAUAUAGGGAUGUACGGAACAAAUCAUUCCAAUAUUGGAUCUUCAAACACCAGUUAUGCAUAUUCAAAAGAAUAUUAUGUACCAAAAGAUGGGAAAAUUUUGAAGAAUAAUGAAAAAGUCACUAUGGAUUCUAAUGGGAAAGUUAUAAAUCGGGAAAAUAAUUUCAUUUCACAAGAUGUUCCUCAUAUGGUUGAUGUGAGUAAUUUAUCACAACAAGAAUUUAAAGAACUUUAUGACAAUGCAAGGAAGGGCGAACCAAAUAAUAGAGUGAAUUUUUGA